AUGUCUCUCAAACACGAAACCGAAGCGGAGAGUCUUGAGCGCGCCUCAAAACGUGCCAGAUUAGAGGAUGCUGAAGAAUCAACGUCCCCUUCCAAGGAAUCCGAUCCCGAAGUCGAGACAGAUAUUCCCGCGCCCAAAGAUGGGGAGGCCGACGACAUUUUACCCCCAAGCCACGUUCUCCUAGGCGUACCUCGGCCUGAGAAAGCUGAAGACGGCUCUGGAUACAAGUUCAGAGAGACUGAUGUAGGCAUUUCAGAAUACGUCGGUCGCGGAGUCUCCCAGAUUGAGGGGAUCAUAAAACAGAGGUUUACGGACUUCUUGGUGUUUGAAGUAGACCAAGAUUCCAAGGUAAUACACCUCAAGUCUCUGUCAAUGCCAGACUCGUCGUCCAAAACUCCCAAAGAAUCAAAUGUCGCUCCGGAGGCUGCGAAUGUUGCUGAUGCAAUGGACACCACUGAUGCUCCAGUUCCAGCCGGGGGUGCGGAAUCCUCGGGUGCAGAUGUUGUAGCGAGCGAUGCCCCGGCUCCAGAAGAGGCUGCAGAAUCUUCAAAUACACAGGUCGCAGCGAGUGACGCUCCUACUAUCGCUGAGCCCUGGCCUGAAAGCAACAACACUGCACUAGCCCCCUUCCUUUCUGAAGAUGCCAUAUCGAAGCUCAAGACCAUGUUUCUAGAAGGCCCGACGCCCCCCAAAGUUAGCGAUAGUGGAUGGGGAGGUCGGCAAUCCAAGACCGAAGACGCGUCCUCCAGCGCUCUUGAAGCCGCCCCACAGCUUGGUGAAGUGGAGCAAGAAGCCAAGGACAAGCGAGGCAAAACUCGUGGCGGUCGCGGAGGCAGAGGCGGACGUGGUGGGGGACGUGGUGGUCGCAAUAGCCAGGCGGAUACUAGGCAGGUUACGUCGGAUCCCAUUGAAUCAAAAAGUACACGGACUGAAUUUCACCAAAAGAUCCGCCAAUUAUUCCAAGGGAAACUGGAGACGGAGUCUGGUCCUGCGACUGAUGAUGGAGCGAGUAUAGUCAUCAAAUGGGCUCGAGGUGGACGAGGACGGGGGGCAGGUGGUGGUGGCAGUAAUGGUAGUGGACGCGGCGGAGGUCGAAACACAUAUCCACCAUACAUCCACUUUAGCAUGCAGAAGACGAACCGGGACACACAGGACGCUCUAGGUUACUUAGCACGUACCCUCCAUGUCAACAUCAGAGACCUAGCUGUCGCCGGCACCAAGGAUAAGCGAGGUGUCACCGUCCAGCGCGUUUCUUUGAAAAGGAAUAACAAGACAGUCGAAGAUGUGUUCAAGUUGGCUAAUGGAAUCAGUGGCCGGAAACCCGUGGAGGAGGCUUUGAAGAAAAGAGGAGAUCGAGGGGUACGAAUUACGGAUUUCAACUAUCGCAAAGCCAGUCUAGAACUAGGUAUGCUGAAGGGCAAUGCUUUUGUGAUAACAUUGAGGAAUGUCCAAGUCGACUCGUCGGAAACCAUUGACAAGGCGUUGAAUACAAUCAAGAAUAAAGGCUUCAUCAACUACUAUGGCAUGCAGCGUUUCGGAACCGCGUCUGUCCCAACACAUGCCAUUGGACUAGCUAUUCUGAAGGCAGAGUGGCACAAGGCAAUCUCUUUGAUCUUACGCAAACGGCCAGGCGAACAUCCUGACGUUGCUGCAGCCAGAGAUGCCUGGCUGGUUGACGGAGAUUUGGAUAAAGCUCUCGAAAUGAUGCCACGACGCGUAGUUGCUGAAAGGUGUAUUCUCGAGAGCUACAAGAAGCAAAAAGGGGACACUCGCAAUGCUAUGGGAGCCCUCAGUACCAUACCUAGGAAUCUCCGCCUGAUGUACGUCCAUGCAUACCAGUCGUAUGUGUGGAAUGCCAUCGUGUCUGAAAGAAUUCGCACCUACGGCCCUGAUAAGCCAGUUGUUGGUGACCUCAUCAUGGAGGCUACUCAGGAGACGCCAGACGCAGACAAUAUGGAGGUAGACGACGAGGGGCGAAAUGAUACGGCAGAAGCGGAGACAUCUUAUUCAGGCAAGAAGGGCAAGAAACCGUUCGUCCCGCCAAAAAUCAAAAUCCUGGCUGAAGAUGACCUUGAUAAAUAUUCAAUCUUCGAUGUUAUCAUGCCUCUACCAGGCACCGACGUUGCUUACCCCGGAGGGGAACUUGGGGAAAAGUAUCGCCAAUACUUGCGGUUAGACGGUCUUGAUCCUGACAACUUUGUCCGGAAACAAAAGGAAUAUACGCUCUUUGGCUCCUAUCGCAAAAUACUCCAUCUUCCCAAGGAGUUGACAUGGACCACGCUGCGAUACACUGAUCCUGACGUGCCGCUAGCGCAAGCCGACGAAGACAAACUCCUAGGCUUUGAUCCCCCGGUCGUUACCCCCGACGGUAAAUUCCUAGCUCUCCAAAUCGAAUUGACCUUGGGGACAGCAGCAUACGCGACCAUGGCGCUGCGUGAAGUCACCAAGACCGACACCAGCUCGCAUACGCAGAUCAGUCUUACGCAAGUCUCCGAGGACCAAAAGUACAAAGGAACCCAAGUAGUGGAAGAAGAGUUGAACGAGGAUGCUGGUGUGGAAUAA